GUGGAGUUUGCAGGUUCUCCCUAUGCCUGUGUGGGUUUUCCCUGCGCACAAAUCCCCCAAAACAUGCAUGGUAGGUUCAUUGAAGAUUCUAAAUUGUGACUGGUUGUUUGUUUAUAUGCGCCCUGCGAUUGGCUGGCAACCAGUUCAGCGUGUACCCCGCCUCCCGUCCGCAGUUAGAUGGGAUAGGCGCCAGCAUACCUGUGACCCUAGUGAGGAUAAGCGCGGAAGAAAAUGGAUAUUGUAAAAGUGAUCAUUUGACAAUAUAAACAGUUUACAGAAAUAUAGUGUUUCAUGUUGAUAUUUACUUUAUGUUUCCCACCCUGUUAAAAUAAUUCUUGACAAUUUAUUGUGAGAUAUCAUUAACAUAAUCAGUGCCUGCACACAGAUGAAUAUAUUAUUAACAAUUUAAAAAAAAAAAAAAAGGACAUUUGAGCAUUUCGUUUUAUUUCACAAGUGUGUAUUAAACUGGAAGCCAUAUGCUUAGCCUAGCCAAGAAACAGCUCUCAUUUUGAAAUGUCGGUGACCCCUGGUCGAAACAGAUCGAAGGUGAUGACGUACGGGGGAAAAAAAACUCCUGAAAAGAAGGUUCUAAUUGGCAAUAGCCAACCCACAGCUGAAAGUGAAGCCCACGCCUUUUCUUUUUUUUUCCCUCUCUGUCAUUUCUCGCGGUCACCAAAGCCGCUCACACGAAAAAUGAGUGUCUCGUGGAAGCUACUCUCGACUUGCCUGUACUUUCUGCUUUUCGAUACCUGGCACCGGGCUUCGAGCUUCGACCUGACCCUGCUGCACACCAACGACAACCACGCGCGCAUCGAGGAGACCAGCGUGGACUCUGCCAAGUGCCCAGCCGGGGGUCGCUGCUACGCUGGCGUGGCGCGACGCUUCACUCAAGUGUCGCAGAUCCGCAGAGACGACAAGAAUGUCUUGCUACUGGACGCCGGCGACCAGUUCCAAGGCACCGUGUGGUUUAAUUACUACAAAGGCGAGGAAGCGGCUUACUUUAUGAACAAACUUGGCUAUGACGCGAUGGCUUUCGGGAACCACGAGUUCGACAACGGAGUGGAGGGUCUUAUCGCUCCUUUCCUGCAGAAUGUUAAUUGCACAGUGGUGAGUUCCAACAUCAGACCGGACCGGACUCUGGCCGCGAACUUGAGCCGCUAUUACCGGCCUCACGCGGUACUGAGCGUCGGCUCGGAGAAGGUGGCCGUGGUGGGAUACACCACCGUAGAGACCCCCUUCUUGUCGAUGCCAGGACCACACCUAAAGUUUGAUGAUGAGGUGGCAUCCCUGCAGAUUGAAGUUGACAAACUGCACACACUUGGCUAUAACAAGAUAAUCGCCCUGGGACACUCUGGUUUUGACAUUGAUCAAAUAAUUGCUCAGCGAGUGAGAGGAGUCGAUGUGGUCAUUGGAGGACACACAAACACAUUCCUAUAUUCUGGACCCGCUCCAUCUACGGAAGUGCCAGCAGGUCCGUACCCAUUCAUGGUGAUGUCAGAUGAUGGCAGAAAUGUGCCAGUGGUUCAGGCAUAUGCCUUUGGAAAAUACCUGGGCUACUUGAAGGUCACCUUUGAUGAGGCUGGAAAUGUUGUCCAAGCAGUUGGAAACCCUAUCCUGUUGGACAGCAGCAUACCUCAAGAUCCCAAUAUCCUUGCUGAUGUCGAGAAGUGGAAGAAGGAGCUGGAUCAGUACUCGUUGCAGUAUGUCGGCCAGACAUUAGUUUACCUCAAUGGGACCUUUGAGGAGUGUCGUUUUCGGGAAUGCAACCUUGGAAACUUGAUUUGCGAUGCCAUGGUUAACCACAAUUUAAAAGAAUCUAAUGAGCUGCAGUGGAAUCAUGUGGGCGUAUGCAUAUUGAACAGCGGAGCCAUUCGCACAGCAAUUGAUGAACGCUAUAAAAAUGGUACCAUAACAAUGGAGGAGAUCCUCACCGUCUUACCAUUUCAACAAACUGUGGACUUGAUCCAGAUAAAGGGGUCAACCAUGAAAAAGGCUUUUGAAUACUCUGUUCACAGAUAUGGAGGCAUGCAUGGAGAAUUCCUGCAAGUGUCAGGCAUCCAUGUAGAGUAUGACCUCUCAAAGCCAGUAAACCAGCGGGUCGCAUCCUUGUCUGUGCUCUGCACCCAGUGCAGAGUGCCAAAGUACGAACCACUGGACCUGGAGAAGACCUACCCUGUGGUCAUGCCUUCUUACCUAGUGGGCGGAGGUGACGGCUACACCAUGUUCAAGAGGGAGAUGCUCAAGCAUAAUACUGGUGAUAUGGACAUUUCAGUUUUGUCCAAAUAUAUCUCCGACAUGAAGCGUGUCUACCCAGCUGUGGAAGGACGGAUCAAGUUCAGGAGCAUUUUAGCGCAAAAUAAUUCUGCGGCGUUUUUGGCCCAAAGCCUCACCCUGCUAUUGUUGUGUUUAAGCCUCUCUCCGACACUCUGAUUGGGAAACUAUGAUCAGAAACAGCCAGGAGAGGCUAUUCAAGAGUGGAGUAGGCGGAAGAAGAGGACGUGAGGCAAGCAUGCGAUGGCGUGGGCGAUUGUUGUUACCUGCUUGUUGACAACUGGCUGCUGCAGCCCAUCAAAGAGGAGACAUAUGCCUUCAUACUUGGCCUCUUCGCCGAUACAUUUCCCCAGAAAGUCUGCAGAGAAACGGCUUUUGAAUUGGCAGCCAGCCUUUUAGACAUCUUUGUGUCUUGUGAGGGGAAAACGCUGACAGGAAAUUACCAGGAAUGUAUCUCAUCAUCUCUGCAAACGUCCUUUUUGCUCUCCUCUGCUUAUCUUGAGCUGAGCGAGGUGGACUGCUCUCACAGAAAACAGCAUCUAGGGAAGCAACCAGACAUUUUUCCAUGAUUUUUUGUUUUAUGUUUACACACCAUAUCCAGGGUCACAAACCUUUUUGAAAUUGAGAGCUACUUCUUGUGUACUGAUUAACGCAGAGGCACUUUGAUAAACACUUCUGAAAUAACACAUUUGCUCAAAAGACCUUUAAUUAGAUGUUAAUAUUUAAAAUCAAUUAUAUUCAUCGAUGAGAAGACACUGAUCAUGUUAAUGAUUGCUUAAAAUUAUUAUAAACUAUGAUUGAACAAGCUAAGAAACAAAAAUGAACAUGCAAAUGUUUCCAUUUUCAAAUGGUAACUUGGACAACAUUUGUAAGAAAUCACAAUGUCCCAUUUUUACAAGCCACUAAUAGUGACUAACUGAGCUAUUUCUACUACUAAUCUUGCGGUUACGGUGUUUGUGACCCCUGCGCUAAUAUAGGAUGUAUUUUUCUUUUCACUUUAUCAAAUAUUACACUUUUUAAAACACUGCCCUAAUAUUUUCCCUUAACAUUUCCAUUUUCUUGUGUGUGCAGAACAUGGGUAUUAAUUUAGAGGGUGUUGACAUUUUAUCUUUUGAUCACAGAUACCAAAUAUUAGAAUUGAAGACAUUUAGUUUUCAUCCACUCAUGUAUUAACAUUUGAAAUACAUUGUGGUGAUCCUGUGCAGUUCAAAGGAACCAAAUUGUGUUUUUGGUCACAACUGACAACAUCUGCAGAGAAUUGGUAGCUUUUCUCCGGUAAGGUUUCAGAUCUAUAUACCGGCCCAUCUCAUUCAACUAGAAUAUUGUUUACCGUUUGCUUACAUACUGGUAUUUAUGUAAAAUGUGAAAUAAGCUCAUAAACUAUUUUGUUGAUGGACAGUGUGAGAUGUCACCUCUCAGCAGGGUGAUGAGGGAGACCAGGCGGUGCUCUUCCACCACGUGGUUCAGUUUGUGUUGAAGGUAGUAAUCAGUAUAAGCCUCCAGUGUGUUCUUGAACAGGAUCCUUCCACCCAUCAACAAGUGGUGCAACCAGUCAGGAAUGUGGAAGACGACUCGGCCUGCCAAACAACAGAGAAGCACAAGUAGUCAUUUGCUAAAGCUGCUGAACUAUCAUGGAUUAAAGAAGUUAUGAUUUUA